AGAUCUGAAUGCCAUGGAAGGAAGGAACAGGAAUUGGGAGGACACAGCAGGAUUUUAGGAGAUUGUGAGAACUUUACUUCAGAAUCUGCUGCAUUGCCUAUGUUGUAUUGCAUGCAUCACCGGUCUGAUUCAAGUUUAGACCGGGAUUACUGCCCGUGGUAUAUUUUCAGGAUCCUGUGAAAUGGACUUUUGAUUUACAGUUGUUUUAUACACACGGCAGGGGUGGGUAGGAUGAGAAGCUUUGAAGUCACUCUGCUCUGGGUGCUGUUUUUAAGCUGGACCAUCCAAUCACACGCUCAAAUGAGGAUAUCGCCUGAAAUAGUUCAACAGUGGGCCAAUGCCUUUGGAAAGCAGCUUUCUGCCUUGUCAAACAGAUACUCAGGAGCUCAACUCUUGCAGAAGAAAUAUAAGGAUGUGGAGCCCAUAGUGAAGAUGGAGGAAGUGGAUGGUUUUAAAAUGGUGAAGGAGUUUGCUGAGGAGAUGGAGAACAUGCUUGGCAGGAAGAUGAAAUCAGUCAAGAGAACAGCAGAGACAGCAGAGGAUGCAGAUUUUUAUCAUGAGUAUAAUGCCUCAUUAGAGUUUGACUACUACAAUUCGAUGCUGAUUAACACGCUGGAUGAGGAAGGAAACUAUGUUUCGCUGGGGGCUGAAUUUCCUCUAGAGGAGAAUGAGCACUUUAACAAACUGCCAGUUAACACUCAGCUGAGUGUCAUACAAGUGCCUACCAAUGUCUAUAACAAAGAUCCUGAUAUUCUGAACGGGGUGUUUAUGUCAGAAGCGCUGAAUGACAUUUUCAUUAGUAACUUUGAGAAGGACCCGACUCUAACCUGGCAGUACUUCGGCAGCUCGACAGGAUUUUUCAGACUUUACCCUGGUAUCCAGUGGACACCUGAUGAAAACGGAGUUGUCACUUUUGAUGCCAGGAAUCGCAACUGGUACAUCCAGGCUGCCACGUCUCCUAAAGAUAUCAUCAUUGCUGUGGACAUAAGUGGCAGUAUGAAGGGUUUAAGGCUCACUAUUGCAAAACAUACCAUCAACACAAUUUUAAACACGCUCGGCGAAAACGACUUUGUCAACGUCAUCGCAUAUAGUGAUUAUGUCCAAUAUGUAGAGCCCUGUUUUAAAGGCACAUUGGUACAGGCUGACCUGGACAACCGCGAGCACUUUAAACUGUUGGUGGAAGAGUUGCAGGUGAAGGGUGAAGGCAAAGUGAAGAAAGCCAUGAAAGAAUCUUUCAAAAUCCUGAAUGAGGCAACAGCAGAGGGCAGAGGUAGUUUAUGCAACCAGGCAAUAAUGUUGAUCACUGAUGGGGCCAUGGAAGACUUUCAGCAGGUUUUCGAGGAGUUUAACUGGCCAGACCGCAAGGUGCGAGUGUUCACGUAUCUGAUUGGACGAGAGCUAACGUUUGCUGAUAAUGUCAAAUGGAUUGCUUGCAACAAUAAGGGUUACUACACGCACAUCUCUACUUUGGCAGAUGUACAGGAGAAUGUUAUGGAAUAUCUUCAUGUGCUAAGCAGGCCAAUGGUCAUCAAUCAUGAUCAUGACAUCAUUUGGACAGAGGCCUACAUGGACAGUGUGCUUUUUAACACACAAGCGCAGAGCUUGCUGCUGAUGACCUCUCUGGCCAUGCCUGUGUUCAGCAAAAAAGAGGAAACUCUGUCUCAUGGCAUCCUUCUUGGUGUGGUUGGCACUGAUGUCCCUUUGAAAGAGCUUAUGAGAUUGGUUCCUCGAUACAAGCUUGGAGUUCACGGCUAUGCGUUCUUAAACACCAACAAUGGUUAUAUCCUCUCUCACCCUGACCUUCGACCUCUGUAUAAAGAAGGUAAGAAGCUAAAACCAAAGCCAAACUAUAAUAGUGUGGAUCUGUCAGAGGUGGAGUGGGAGGAUACAGAAGACGCUUUGAGAACGGCAAUGGUGAAAGGGGAAAGUGGGACACUCUCUCUAGAUGUCAGAGCAACUGUAGACAAAGCAAGGAGGGUUGUUUUCCUUAAAAAUGAAUAUUUCUACACUACCAUCAAUGAAACCCCAUUCAGCCUUGGAAUUGUACUUACCAAAGGUCAUGGGAAGAACGUUUUCAUUGGAAAUGUGUCAGUUGAAGAGGGGCUUCAUGAUCUGACUGCAUCUGAUGUCACUAUAGCUAAUGAAUGGACAUACUGCGAGACUGACAUUGAUCCACAUCACCGCAAGCUUACACAAUUUCAGGCUGUGGUUCGGUACCUGACGGGAAAAGAACCGGACCUGGAGUGUGAUGAAAGGCUUUUGCAGCAGACUCUUUUUGACGCAGUGGUCACAGCUCCUAUGGAAGCGUACUGGACUGCACUGCUGCUCAACGCUUCCGGUAUUGAUGGGGGUGUAGAGACGGCAUUCCUGGGCACCCGCUCUGGUCUCAUGAGGAUCAUCAGAUAUGCCGGCGUUGAGAAACGUGUGGCGAAGAAAUUCUUAUUACCGUCAGAUAAGGAGAAUCUUUUUACUCUGGACCAUUUCCCCGUUUGGUAUCGACGUGCAGCAGAAUAUCCAGCUGGACGAUUUCUGUAUUACGUCCCUACAGAAGACAACACACGAGCGGACAACAAAUUUGUGAUCGCUGUCACGUCUGUUACUGUCAGUGUGAACAAGAAAACAGCAAUUGCGGGAGCCAUUGGCGUCCAGAUGUCUCUGGAAAUGUUAGAAAAAAGAUUCUGGUCCGUAGCCACUCAGAGUAAUGACACAGAUUGUUCAGCAGUAGAUGGUCUUUGUCCUAUGAGCUGUAUUAAUAAUGCUGAUAUUAACUGCUUUGUCACUGACAGUAAUGGCUUCAUCAUCAUUUCUAAAGACAGGACUGAUGUUGGCAGGUUUCUGGGGGAGGUUGAUGGCUCGGUGAUGUCACAGCUCUUGAGAAUGGGCAUGUUUAAGAGAGUUUCUCUCUAUGACUAUCAGGCCAUGUGUAAAGUGCAUUCUCACUCGGCGAGCAGUGCUCGACCCCUGCUCAGCCCAUUUUAUAACCUGCUGGCAGCACUGAGAUGGCUUCUCUCAAACUUCCUAUUGUUUUUACUGGACUUCAAUAUUUACACUCUGUGGCAGUCGGAUCACUUUGUGGAAGCAAAGAGCUCAUUCCAUGCAUCGAGUAAGAAGUCAAAGGGAGGCAUUCUGCAGCCAUGUGACACCGAGUACCCCAGCUUCAUCUAUGAGCCCUCAAUCAAAGAAACUAACAGCAUCAUCAAGUGUGGGAGAUGUCAAAAGAUGUUUGUGAUUCAUCAGGUUCCUGACAGCAACCUGUUGUUGGUGGUGAUUCAGGCAGAUUGUGACUGUUCUCGACAGUACUCACCCAUCACCCUGGAACCCAAAGAGGUCAAAUACAAUGCCUCAGUAAAAUGUGAUCGAAUGAGAUCUCAAAAAAUACGAAGACGGCCUGAAUCUUGCCACUCCUACCACCCUCAGGAAAAUGCCAAGGACUGCGGUGGAGCUGCAGCAGUCACCCUGUCCAUCACACUGUUCUUAGCCUGUUUAUUGAUCUCUACGCUCAUCUGUCGAUGACAGACUGUCUACUAAAUUCUCAAAAAAGUCAAUAUAAGGGAACACUUUCAGCAUGCUGUUUAUAUUAGCACUUAAACUACAACAGAAUAUCUUACUUUUUACAUUGCAAAGGCAUUAACAUCAGGUGACUGUAGCUGCAAUAGUUACAUUUUAUACGUUUAUAAAUUAUGUUAAGAGUGCCAGGAUUCUGUGUGACUUUGACACUUGACAGUGUGUUUUGACACUUGUGUCUGAAGUUUUACUAAUAUUUACAGAAUUGGGUUGUUAUGUACAGUAUGUGACCUUUUGAGGCACUUCUUUGUAUGAGGCAUGAGGAAAGUGUGCAGAAAUGAUCAUAGCGACUUUAGGAUAUUGGUGUGUGUUUAUAUCGGUGUGUGAGAAGGAGAGUGAGAAAAAGCACAAAUGGACUUUUGGACAUGGCUUUUCAAAGCUCUCUUUGUCUAUAGAGGUGAUUAUUAAAGCAACACCAAAGAGUUUUUUUCCCUUUAAAUAACGUUUCCAAAAAAGUUUCAGUAAUUAAUUCACUCGAAACAGGGUGGACGGCACUUUCACAUUCGCUUUGCAGCCCUCUAUAGGCCAAAACCGCACUAAAGACGUUUCCAACCGUCGAGUCGCGGUCCUGUAGUUCGAGUGAAAACUACAAAAACUUGCUUUACGGCAGACCUACAAUCCAAUCAGAGCCAGGUUUGCUGCAGUAGGUUAAAUUAUUUACGACAGUGGUAAUGGACAAUUCCACUUCUAACCUGUAGGGGGAGCAAAGAGCAAAAACUCUUUAGUGUUGCUUUAAAGUCAUUGUUAGGUGAAUAUGUCAUGCAGAGAUUGUUUGGGAAAUUGGGGAAAAAAUUAAUACUUUCUGACUAUUGUUAUUACCACUAUGCAUAAUUGAUUUAAAGGUAUUUAGCAUUAUUUAUGUCUCUUUUUUUAAAGCUGCCUGACUGAAAAAUAAAAAUGUGUCAUAUACUUUCUUGUAUAAAUUAACUUUUUUUUAAUUGAAGCGUAUAUGUGAUUUUUUGGUCCGCUGUUACCAUGCAUUACUGCUGUUUGAUGGUUGAAGUGUUACUUUAAAUAUUAAAUAUGUCUUAUUGCACACCCAAAACUUAAUUCUCAAAUUGUUUUUGUUUAAAUGGUAAUCAAAAGU